GUUGCAGGCGCCUUCUGCAUCCCCUUGUACGUGCCCUACGUGCUGACGGGGAGAUGGAUCUUCGGGAGAAGCCUCUGCAAACUCUGGCUGGUAGUUGAUUACCUGCUCUGCACCUCUUCGGUCUUCAACAUCGUACUGAUUAGCUAUGACAGAUUCCUCUCGGUCACAAGAGCGGUCGCCUACAGAGCCCAGCAAGGCAACACCAAGCGAGCGGUGCUGAAGAUGGUGAUGGUAUGGGUAUUAGCGUUCCUGCUGUAUGGACCUGCCAUUAUCAGCUGGGAGUACAUAUCAGGCCGGAGUAUCAUACCCACUGGGGAAUGCUAUGCUGAAUUUUUCUACAACUGGUAUUUUCUCAUGACAGCCUCUACGCUGGAGUUUUUCACCCCUUUCAUCAGUGUAAUGUUUUUCAACCUGAGCAUUUACCUGAACAUACAGAAGCGUACCAAAAUACGCCUGGAUAUUUUCCAUGAAGUGCACAACCAUUCCUUCACUGAAGAGAUGGAAAUGAGCCCAGAAGCAAAGCUUUCUUUGAAAUGCUGUAAGUGGGAGCAGAAGGAGCCAGCUGAAACCCUCGCCCUCUCUAAGAGCAAAGCUCGAGCAGCAGCCUCCACUGCCAGCCUGGAGAAACGGAUGAAGAUAGUGUCCCAGAGCAUGACUCAACGCUUCAGGCUCUCUAGAGACAAGAAAGUGGCUAAAUCACUGGCAAUAAUCGUGGGUAUUUUUGGGAUUUGCUGGGCACCAUACACUCUCCUGAUGAUCAUCCGUGCUGGCUGCCAUGGCCACUGCAUCUCUGACUACUGGUACGAGACUUCCUUUUGGCUGCUGUGGAUCAACUCAGCUGUCAACCCUGUCCUUUACCCUCUCUGCCACUACAGCUUCAGAAGAGCUUUUAUGAAACUCUUCUGUCCCAAGAAGCUAAAGAUCCAACCUCACGAUCCCCUUCAGAACUGCUGGAAGUGA